UCGUAUUCUUGUAUUUUUUAAUAUUUGACAUUUAGAAUAUAUGAGAAUUAAUUAUUUUACAAAUUAAAUAAAAAAAUAUAAUUAUGAGUCGUAGAAGACCUCAUGAGGAAGAAGAUGGAUAUGAUCGAGCAUAUAAGAAAAGACGCCGCGUUUCUGAAAAUCAAGAAAUUGAGGAUCGUCUGGAAUCUCUUAUUCUACGAGUUGGUGAAAAGAGUACAUCGUCAUUAGAAUCAAAUUUAGAAGGAUUGGCAAGCGUAUUAGAGGCUGAUUUAGGUACAUUUCGUGUGAAAAUAUUACGUAUAUUAACAGAUUGUGCAAUUAAAAUGCCAGAGAAAUGUACAAUUUACACGACACUUGUUGGCUUAUUAAAUGCAAAGAAUUUUAAUUUCGGUGGUGAAUUUGUUGAGUACAUGGUACGGACAUUUAAAGAUGCUUUAAAAGCUUGUAAAUGGGAUAUUGCUCGUUAUGCAUUAAGGUUUUUAGCUGAUUUAGUGAACUGUCAUGUAUUAUCAGCAACAUCUCUUUUACAAUUAUUGGAUAAUAUGAUUGAUGUUGCAAAUGAGGAUGGAGUACCUCAAGUUAGAAAAGAUUGGUAUGUUUUCGCAAUAUUAUCUACGUUACCGUGGGUAGGUCGAGAAUUAUAUGAGAAAAAAGAAAGUGCAUUAGAUCAUUUAUUGGUUUCGAUAGAAAUUUUUUUAAAUAAACGGCAUAAAAAACAUCAUAAUGCUUUAAGAGUUUGGGCUGUGGAUACUCCACAUCCACAGGAAGAAUAUUUAGAUUGUCUUUGGGCACAAAUUCGUAAAUUACGCCAAGAUAAUUGGGCUGAAAAACAUAUCCCACGACCAUAUUUAGCAUUUGAUUCAAUACUUUGUGAGGCGUUACAACACAAUUUACCAAAUAUUUUGCCACCACCGCAUCAUGACAGUUAUGAAUAUCCGAUGCCUAGUGUUGUAUUUCGUAUGUUCGAUUAUACUGAUUGUCCAGAAGGACCAGUAAUGCCUGGAGCACAUUCGAUUGAACGAUUUUUGAUAGAAGAACAUUUACAUUCGAUUGUUGAAAUGUAUCAUUUGGAACGAAAAGAUUGUGCUGCUCAUUUAUUAAAUUUCCCAUAUAAAUUAAAAAUCCCAUUAGAUUAUUGUAUUGUGGAAGUGAUUUUUGGUGAAUUAUUCCAUAUGCCGAAUCCAAGAUAUUUAGAAAUAUGUUAUGGUUCGAUAUUAAUUGAGCUAUGUAAAUUACAACCGUCAACCAUGCCACAAGUGUUAGCACAAGCUACAGAAAUAUUAUUCUUACGUAUUGAUACUAUGAAUACAACAUGUUUUGAUCGUUUUACGAAUUGGUUCUCAUAUCAUUUGAGUAACUUUCAAUUUCGUUGGUCAUGGGCUGAUUGGGAUGAAUGUUUAUCAUUGGAUAUUGAACAUCCAAAACCAAAAUUUGUUCGGGAAACAUUAUGUAAAUGUCAAAGAUUAUCAUAUCAUCAACGUGUACGUGAAAUGGUACCUGAAUCGUUUGCUGCAUUUGUUCCUGCUAAAGCUGAACCAAAUUAUAAAUAUUCACAAGAGGGAGCUGCAUCACUUCCUGGUACAACCGCUGCUCACCAACUUGUAGUUUCAAUUCGUCAAAAAUGUACGCCUGAAGAAGCUUUGGCUGUUCUUAAAGAAUUACCAAAUCCAAGACCAGAAGAUGAUCCUGACAAUAGGUUUAAUCCAUUAAAAAUAGAUGUGUUUGUUCAAACUUUAUUAAAUUUGGGAUCGAAAAGUUUUUCACAUAGUUUUGCAGCGAUAUCCAAAUUUCAUUACGUGUUUAAGAUAUUAGCCGAAUCUGAAGAAGCGCAAAUAUGUAUUCUAAGAAAUAUGUUCGAAUUAUGGCACAGUCACCAACAAAUGAUGAUUGUACUUGUUGAUAAAAUGUUAAAAACACAAAUUGUUGAAUGUUCAGCUGUAGCUAAUUGGAUAUUUUCAAAAGAGAUGACAAUUGAAUUUACAAAAAUGUAUCUUUGGGAAAUAUUACAUUUAACAAUACGUAAAAUGAAUAAACAUGUCAUCAAAUUGAGUGGUGAAUUGGCUGAAGCUCGGGAAAAAUUAGCACGUGCUGAUUCAAGCUCAAGCAGUUCAGACGAUGAAGAUGGUGGCGGUGGAGGUGGUGGUGGAAAUGCGGCAGCUAAAAAAUCAAAGCCAACCAACGAUGAUAAAGAAAAACCAACAGAGGAAGUAGUAGAACGAAUGGAGGAACGUUUAGAAGCUGCACAAGCUGAUCAAAAAAAUUUGUUUUUAAUUAUUUUUCAACGAUUUAUUAUGAUUUUAUCUGAACAUUUGGUAAGAUCUGAUACAGACGGUAGAGAUUACAAUACGCAUUGGUAUAAAUGGACCAUUGGAAGACUUCAACAAGUAUUUUUGACGCAUCACGAACAAGUUCAAAAAUAUAGUUCAACAUUGGAAACUCUUCUAUUUACGCAAGACUUAGAUCCACAUAUUCUUGAAGUAUUUCAACAGUUCGUUUCAUUGAGAUCAUGAAUAAGUACUACCAUCGUUUAUCGUAUAAUCUACGUUCAACUAUCAAAAUUGGGUUUUUUUUUUGUUUUUCUUAAUUAUGUAUCACAGAAAUACUCUGUAAAUAUGUGUAUUCCCAAUCAUGUUCAAAAUAACGGGGGCAUUAGAAAAGUUUUAAAAUGUAAAAUGGAUUAUCUGAAAUAUUUAAAAUGCAUCUGAUAAACUUUUUACAUUUUAAAAUUAAUUAAUUUAAUUUUAAGUAUGCUGAAUUUUGAUUUUUAAAUAUUCAUUCUGUUUUGAUUUCUUGAAUUUGUUUAUACUGAUAACGCAAGCAUUAUAUGCCGGUCUGCAAAUCGUGGCUUUGAGAAUUACUACAUUCCUCUUUUUUUUUUUAAAGACAUCCGCCAUUUCAAGAACUUCUUUCUUUUUUAAAAUAACAGUGGUCUCAGUAUUUUAUUCAGUGGUCUUCAUAGCUAAACUGUUUUUAGAAAUAUGUUAGAAUUUAUUUGAAGAAAAAUUUUAACCAGAAAUACAGUUGAAAUUUGCACAAAAAAUAAUUUUUUCGCUAUUUUCUUUAUACAUUUUAGUAACUGGAUGUCUUGACCAUUAUAAAAACAAAUUAACCAGAGAUAUUUGAGGAUACGAGAAAUUUUGACAUCGAAAUUCUUGAAAAUAUUACAGGGUGGUAUAGUUUGCUCAUUUGGCGACCAUUAUUAAUAAAAGAAUUUCGGGCAUGGCGAAAAUUAGGCACAUCUAGCUCUUAGUAUAUGGUAUUAUCAUGGUAAUCAAGAAAUGAAAUUGAUAGUAGGGGAGCUGGUGAAAAUUUUUAAAUCAUCAUUUGGUCAAGGUUAAGAACAUAUUUUGCCGAUAGUACCGAUCCUUAGCUAUUGGUCUUCCAAGCCGUAUACGUCGAUGUUUGCAACUGUAAUUGAAUGGAAGACAAUAAUUUUUCAUUUACUUAUUACGCCGACUAUCUGCUGAUAAAAACUCAACCUUGGUCAAUUUGUACAUUUAAAAUUAUUUUUGCAAUGUCUGGGAAGACGCAUUUUACAACAUAUUUCGAAUGGAAGGAAGACUUACAUUUUCUCAUUUCUUUGACUUUAAAAUCGUUAAAAAUUGUACAUUUAUAAUUUUUACAAAAGCAUAAAUGUAAAUUCGAACAUUUUAUUUUUAUUAUUCCUUUAAUGGAACAAUAAAAUGAUAUUAAGCUUAUCAAUAAGACAAUUUGGUUUUUAAUAAAUCUUGGAGAAUUUAUAAUACCGGCCGGAAUUACUGAUACUAAUUAAUUUUUUCAUUUACAAAUUAUGCAUUUAUAUCAAUGAUUUCGAAAAAUUUUGAAUAUAGUUAAAAAUUUUCUUCAGUUUUAUAAUCCGACGUUACCCAUAAAUAAUUAUCAAGCCUGUUCACAGUAAUAAGAGAGGAUAUCUUAAAUGUAUAACUGUCUUUAGUAACAAAUACUACUAUUUCCUGUAAAUCCGGCUAUUCGUAAAUAUCGCCUUAUUUAUGGAAUAUAAAUAAUGUUUGUGCAAAAAAUUAAAUUUUACUUC